AUGCCGAAGUGGCUGCUUAAGGCGGAAAAUAAGGUACCCAAGAGCUCAAACACAAAGCACCUAGUGGACACGGGCCAUAUGGUGGACCCAAUGGUUGCAUUCAAGGUCCUGUUUUGGGCGACGACCGAGCGUAUCUUGCGCUUUGCAGAGGCCGCUACAGUACGGAAGAGGAAACCAGAAUUCUGUAAGCAGUUGGACCACAUGAUAAACCUGGCACUGCCAUGGUAAGGAUAGGUUAUGGACGAAACCCUGUUCCCAUGUUCACCCUCUCAUUUCGCUCCCACCCCCCCUCCCCGGCAUGACUGAAUGCUGCCCGCGCGUUGCACUCUAAAUCACGCCGGACAAGUUCACACUCUAGUCCUAACUUUCAUACUUGGAUGACUCCUCUCCCCCUCCCCCCCCUCGCCAUAUGCACCCGCAUGCUAGGCCCAUGUUUCAGAUUACCUAUCACGUUUUAUCUCUCUAGGUCGAUCGUUGAUUGAACAGGUUGCCUUGUCAUAUAACUAUGUAAUGACCAUACGCAGCUGAAUGAGAGGUCUCGAAAUUUAUGACGUCAGUAAAUGCUGCAUGCUUUGUCGCCUUCGCAUUAUGCAAGAUACAACUAGCGUGUUCAAUAGCUGACAUUUUAAGCCUAUUAAGAAAAUUAUACGAUAAUUGACUGCGUGUAGUCAUCGGCUGACAGUUGCUCUAUUGUUCAGAGCGUCGGUACUAACGCUUGCACAACGCAGCUCAUAGAAGUUCGCGGCCAACAUCAAUAACAAAACAUAAUUCGAAUGUGAUGUUUGCAGACUCAAACAUAAAACACCUUUGUCGAGCAGGCCUGUUCUUUAAAUAUUUUUCUCGGGAUCUCCAGCAGCAGAGAUUUUCUCAGAAGGAUCGGAAUGGCCGUUGUUGGUUUAUUGGGCAUCAUCAGACAGCCAGAGCGCAAUGGGACGAGCGUGUCUCGUAACCCAAUCGGUGACCACCCUUCCUACGAUUUUCUCAGUUCUCAGGCGUCUCCAUGUCAGCGUUCAGUUUGCCAAAUGCUCAAACUUACUCUAGCGUGCUAGUCCAGAGUUUCAUUCGCCAGUCAGUAACAGUGAUGAUUGUUCCUUCUGGUAUAAAAUGCGCCGCAGACCACUUCUAACCUUCAUUUUUAAUUAGUAAGAAACUGUAUUAUCAUCAUUUUGAUAAAAACAAGCAGAUCCUUUUCGGUCUUUUAUUUUGUUUAUCCAUUUGUUUGACGAUGGUUUCUUACUCGAAACUUCGGGAGACUGAGAUUCUUCUAUUGACAGUCUAGUCGCAUUCUCCAUUACAAAUUGUUUUGUGAUUUUAGAGCAUGAUCGCCAAAGUAUCAGCAAAUUUUGGCCGAAAUCAACGGCAAGAGUAUUUCUGAAACACAGUUUUACAGGUCAUUCUCCAAAAAUUCUCCUAAAUGCUGAAAAUAUGUUUAUGCAGAAAUAUCAUCAUGAAUCAUGCGGUUCGGAUACUAAACCACUCCAAGCGUCCUAGUAUGUUUUACAAAUUUGAUUAAUUUGUGUUCCCAAAGUCUAAGACUGACCUAAUGAACAAAUGGAAACAAAUCCGUAUGAUUGCUGGUACGCCCCGACUGACAGCGACCGAAAAGUCAUCAUAAGAACAAAAAUCAUUUAAUGCUACGUUUCUCGGGUGCAGGUGGUAGUCAAUUUGUCUAAAGGGACUUGCUAUGCAUUGCGCAACGUGAUCUCAGCAGAGACUGUGACUGGUAAUUUGAAGUAUUCAUGAGAAACGUAAAUAUCCAGGAUUUUCCCAACGACCACAAAUUCAUCAUCAAUACCUGGAUAACAUAUUAGGCACUUUUAUCAGUUGCGUUUUAGUCAACUCUUAUGUCGCUCCCAGGACCAGCAGAAGUGAGUAUUUAAAAAAUAUUUGGUAAUCAAUGUCUUGUGCGGGAUUUUAAAUCAAACUGCUCACAUGAUAAUUUGCAUUGUGUUCGAUUCGAAGUUCUUAAUGAGGUGCACAAGAAAACUUCUUGAAACAUUCUUUUUAAAUCCUGUCCUGCAUAUACCGUCAACCCGAUGCCGUUACAACCUGUAAUAUAAGUUUAUUUUAUGAGUGAAAACUUUUUGCUGAUACAGGCCUUAUAGAAUUUAAUGUUCCAAAACCACUGUCUGCAUUGCUUUUACGAUGCAUUGCAAGAUUUCAUCUGAGGAAAGAUGGCAGUGUCGGCUAAACUGUAGUAGCCAAAAACCGUCAUUUGCACGUUCACUAAUGAAAAUAUGUUGAUGCAAAUAAGCAUGAGGCUGGUGAUUCAAACUCAUACUAAUUUAAUCCUGACAACCGCGAACCUUGUAAAACUUUGUCUGUGUAUAUCAGAGGUAGGACGGCCCUGUCGUCUGUCGCAGCCCUAAGAGCAAUUUCCGCCGUCUUGAACUGUUUGCCAAUCAUAAUUUAUAUUUUCAAAACAUUUCUUGUAAAGGUCCUUUCAUGCCUCGCCAGUUCCCCAGUUAAGUAGCCGUGAUUUUACUCCCGACUGUCGAAGAGGAAUUCAUCGGUAGUGAUGCGGUGCUGAUACGGUGUUUUAAGCAGCCGAUUUAGUGACACUGAUGCAGACACCAAAAGGUUCUGUAAACCGUUCACGGUCCACUAGCCCAACACCUCCCCUGUCGGGUUAAUAGCCAAAAGUGGUCAUGGGUGAUUCAUGCGCUUCUGACUCACCUGCACUUAGCCCUGGCAGUGUACACGAUGGCAGCCGGGAGCAGGGACAAUUCAGAGGCAAGAUAGUGCACAGGAGCCUUCAGGUUCUGGAGCUCGGUGGCCAGUCAAUCUCUCCUACUCUUUGAAUUGUCAAGGUCGUCUGAAGAUUUGCCUUUUUGCUUUAGACGGAAGCCCGGGUGCUCGAUGCCUUCGCAGUUCUCCGUUGAGUGCCCUUGUAGGUCUCAUCCUCGUCCUCCUCGGUGGAGCGGCCUUUGGCGCAGGAGCAAUCUACGCUAGAACUAGCCUCAUCGGCCUGACAGAGGCAAAUCACAUGUUAGUGGGUACUUCAAUUGCAUCAGUAAUAAUGAAUUCACUGCAUACCUCUCUACACAUAUCUUUGACCGGCGUGAAGUGCUCUGCUCGUCAAUUGUAUGCAAGCUUACUGUGACGCCCACUAAAGUGUGGGGUGACCUUUUACGUACGGGGGAUCCUCUAGUUUCCGCCCUUUGUCUGAAACUCUUCAGCUCACUAAUUGGCCGAUAUUUUUCUGCCCGUUGUGCUUGCGCAGUUGGUAAAAACGUGAUCUGACAUGUUUUAUAAUCUUUUUUGCUGAAAGAAGGUGUCAGAAGGCAUGAUGCUUUUUACGUUUUCUGCAAUGGUUUGUUGUUGAUUUGACGUGACCUUGCUACGUACACGUACCUUAGUCGCGGCAGUAAGCACCAUUGUAGAAUGCAUUUAAUCGCCUUCUCAUGAACAGAUGAAACGUAAUCCAUGUGACUCUGAUGUGCAAAUGUUGCGUAUUUCAGAUUGACUAAACAUCAUCUAAAUGCUAAGGGGUUCCAACCAAAAGUUGAUUUUCGAAACAAUCACCUGCGGACACAUUUUGGCUUUUAGCCUGUUCUCUACACAGUUAUACACACUUCAUGAAAUUUUACCCUAGACUUUAAACCAGUCUUCUUUGUUCAGACUUCCCUUUGUCGACUACGCCGUCUUCGCAGUGGUUGGAGCUACCGGAAUAUUUGCGAUAAUUGCCUUCAUCAUAUGUGCCGUCUCCUCCGGUUGGAACGCAAAGCGUUGCUUCGAGGGUUCGAAGAAGGCAUUCUGCGGCCGAUGCCUAAACACAACUGUAAGUUCUUCUCAGCAGACGCUGUGGACAUGAGUCUGUCAGCUAGUACGUUGCAUAGAGAAAAUAGUGAAACUUCGCCGCAAAGCUAUUCCAAAUAUGAAUCUACUAUUUCCUUUUUUGAAUGGUUUUAUGCAGAUUCAAGUUGUUAGCCGAAUAUAUGUCAGCAGAGAGAAUUCAGCAAAUAUCCUGUGUGAUACUCAGACGUUUGAUCUCUCAGGGUAGGGUAUGAAAACUCCUGGGUGGUUUUUCAAAAAAUUACUAUCCUAUCUAGGCAGAUGUGGUGUCACCAAGACACAACGGGAUGAGUGAGUUCCGUAGCGCGAUCUGUGUGCGCCCCUCUACUAUUGUAUACACCUGAUCGCAACCGAUAGGACAACGAGUCCGUGACUCAGUGAUCAGUGGGUUGGACUUCUAACCAGAAAGUCGUGGGACUUGUACAGGGGUUGUACAGCUCGUAAAUACAUAUGGCUGGCUGACGACGGCUGAAAAAUCAUAAAUCGCCAUUCCAGUCUCCCCUGUCUUUGCGGGUAAUGCUAUUCUGCGGAUCACAACGGUUUGCGCGUCAAAAGAUCGACAAAAGGAUCAUGUGGUGCGCGGAAUUUGAUCUCCACUGACGUUGCUGACGUUAAAGUUGCUCGGAUCGUGCUCAAGGUUAUGGUUACGGGCACGGUUGGGGAUAGGGUUAGUAUCAGGACGUGGGUUAUUCCUAGGGUUGGGGUUGUCAGGCCCAAGUUAUGUUCUUUCUUUGCGGUUAAGGUUAGGGCCGAGGUUCAGAAUUAGGAUUUAGGUUAGCCCUUUAAGACCUUGUGCUAAGGUUGCAGCUACGCUCAAAUUUUCCUUAAGUGCUCAGGGGUUUAGGACUGGGGUUGCCCAUUAUAGUCAUCGUCAUGGAGUUAUAGUCACAAUUGACAACAGUUAUCUCAGGGGCUUACGCACCGUACCCUUGCCGUCUGAUCGUUUAUGGUCAAACUAACUAAAACGCAGGUAGCACUUAUAUUUUUGUCAGUUCAGCUUUUCUGCCUCCAAUACAGCAAACGAACGCUCAAUGUGCUUUCGUCUAAUUGCCAUAGUGUGAUAUGUGGAAACUCUGCGGUCAUGCAGAGGAGAAUAUGAGCUAGGUGUUCUCCCACUAACCUUUGCAAACUGUUUGUUUUUCUGCCGUCAAUUAAUCGAUUGUUUUCGCUUUAGCUAGAAUGCACUUGACUAAAGUAACUACGACCCUCUGAUUAUUCCCCUUAUACAUUUGGUAAAUUACAUUUCUUGUUGGAAUCCUAACACACGUACAGGGUACGGCCGAGUACUUAUUUGGAUUCGUGGGGGCAGUAGCUCCAAGUACGUUUGUCUUAAUUGGGAGAACGCGCUGUUCGAGUGGCAAAAUGCGUGGGAUUUAUUAUGCGUCCGUCAUUGGCGGUAGAAUGGAGGGACCAGACCCAAGACUGCGACUCCCUGCGUAUUGGAACCCACGCUCUCGUGUACUGCACACUGCAACUGAAUUAUGGUAUACUUUUUUGUGACUGUGCAAGUGAGUAUGAAGACUGGCUUACAAAUAAAUCCGAUUUGGACAUGGGACGGAUUUGGUGCAGCACCGUGCUAGCAGGUGAGACAAAACAACCUCUUGCUCUUAAUGAGCUAGUUUUUCUUCCUUGCCCGACUGCGAAAUCUCAGUUUGCGUCAGACACGGUCGAACUACCUGAUUGCACAUAGAAAGUCUAACUAGCUGCGUUUGUAAAUUGGAGCAUAAGACUGACCUCAAAAAUCUUCGGAGGAAUACACUUAAGUUCGGUUCUGCAAGGCAGAUGGGCGCAGUGGAUCUUUUUAUCUCCAUAAUAUGAAUGUGCGGCUGUUUGAGGUGCCCAUGAGAGAGUCAGUACACUGCAUCCCGCUGUAGACGACACAGAACCUUAUAUAUAGGUAUUAUUACAUCUAGAGACUUGAGAUAUGCAGGCCCUGGUCAUCCUCUUUAGCAUUGCACUAUAUUUAAAAUGAAGCUGUUCCUAUCUUUCAAGUCCAGCUUGAAAUCCCCGUCGAACUAAAAGUGGGCUUGAUGUAACGCAAAUACCAAACUCAUAAAACCGAAUAAACGCUCAGCUAUCCUACUAACGGCAUCCAGAUAGCUGAUAUCGGACAUAAUACAUGGUGUAUAACAAUCGAAGCGAACGCAAACUCAUGGCACCCCAUAUAAGAAAAACAGGAGAGUCCGAUAGCAGGGCCUUAAGUCAGUUAGGACGUAGCAACCUGUCAGAGGGCAUGGGAUCUUCAAGUGAAGCUGUAUGCGCGCGAGUAAUUGCGUCGCGCCCGUAUAAGCGUGGGUCAGUUUAACUGAGCCGGCCGGCGCUUGUGUGAUGUGAUUUUCACUUUCAGAUGAAUCAAAAGAAUCCCCACAAUGGCUUCAAGUUCUUUCCGUCAUUUUGACCUUCGGCAACUAGCUGACUUUUCUCAAAACUCAGUAUUUUUGUGAGUAUCGAGACGAAGAUUUCUUCUGGAUUUAGCAUACCAUUCGGAUUAAAUGACAGCCGUCCAGAUGCGUCUUAUUAGUCCACUUAUUAUAAAAAUUGCAUGCUUUUCUAAUUAGAUAACAUACGUGCUGUGAAUGACUUUUGUUUCAGCUCCUCAUCUGUUUGAUUUUCGGCAUAAUCUUCUGGACGCUGGUGGCCGCCCUGCUCACCUAUCCCGUCACCAGCAUGUCUCUUCUGCUCUACCGUGAUAUUGGUCCUACUCGCAUUUACUCAAAGACUCACAUGGACACUGAAGUCACUGCUCGUCCCCUCCGUGUUGCUCGGCAGAUAGGCGCGGACUCUGAAGGUCAGGAUCUAGUGGCGAAAGUACCGCCCUACGGCCAACCUCUUUCUCCUAUCAAACCCAUAGGGUUGUCACCGUCAGAGGAUCAGCUACGUGCCCUCGACAGGGGCCCGAGUCCAAUCCCCAACCCACAUGACUUGAUUGCGCAGUAUUUCAAGUGCUCAGUGCUCUCAAUUGACCUGUCCUACUACGGUAAGUAUGCAGCUUACUCUGCAUCUGGGAAAUUUUUCCGAAAAGACGUGGGGUCUAUUACUUUUUGCGACUUAAUAAUGAAUGUUUGCAGGCAAGUAUUCCAGGUCGCCUUUUCGUUACGUAAUGUAGAUUUAUCAGCAACAGGUGGAGGUGUAAUCUUUUGUGGGGGCCAUACGCUUGUUUACCGUAAAUGAAUUGACGUAAGCUUUGGGUGCGAAAAUACGUAGUUAUUAGUGUUGUCUUUACGAAUAUUGUUCUUUUUUUGGCCUUUUUCAACUUGUUUAGCCAGUUAUAAGUGGUAGCCGUGGCAGGAAAUUUGCACUUACUACUAACUGAGUUAAAAUCUACAACGGCUCUCGCAGGUCACAUAAACAUUCAGUAUUUAAAGAUGUCCGAGAGAAUUAAUUUAGUUAACGGCCUGGACAAUUUCACAAAGCUAUGUCAAUGAAUGACAUCACAGUCCAGGUGCCCUCAUUUCAGGAGUGGAGAAAAUAUGUAAGCAGAGUGGCAGUAAAAAGGAGUAAAGAAACCUCCCAGGGGUAGAUACCUGAUCUAAUGCUGGUCUCACAGUCAACAUUGUAAGGUAUUUUAAAAAAAUAAUUGUCCAACUUAAAUUUACAGUCAACUUGGCAGAAAAACACGCAAUUCUAUCAUUCACAUUUUGCUAGUAAUCUUUAAAUAUGCACUCUGUCACGAGGGGUUCUUAAUGUUAUUUUCACGUAAGGGAUUUUUUAACACAGUAUAACCUCGACUGACUUAGCUCACCGAGCCAUUACCAGAAUAUCUGUAAAGGAAAGAAAACAAUGUAAAUAGUGAGGGAAAUAGUUUGGGUAAUCGGCAAAUUUUCAUCUCUGCACCCUGGUUACUCUUAACCGUGAAAAGCAACACAGACUCUCCAGCGUAAAAAAGUGACAUAAAAAAAGUGUAAAUAACUUCCCUGACCUUGUCGGUCUUUAGUGUUCUUUUUCCUCCUCCAUGCAUUUUAAACGGUGCUGGUGCACCCAGAACAACCAAAUGCGACAAGGAUAACCUACAGUUUACUGGCCUACCUGUGGAUUUGGAUCAUCUCCAGAAAAAUUGGCGAGUUAUACUCAGUAUUCUGUUGGGAAUUAGACAGGCAACAAACGUGCUCAGUAACUAUUCGCCAUUCAUAGCGCUUGUCCGAGGAGUUUUCGAGAGAAUGGCUAAAAGGUCGAUAAUUAGCGUCCUAAUCCGACUCUUAGAAUUGAUAGUGGGUGAUAAAAACAGUGUCGCGGACAGGUAAUUAGGUUCACGCAGUAUGUGACAAGUUGAUUAGGGUGAGGUGAUAAGUAUUUCAACUAAGGAAAAUUUUGAGCAGCUUUCCCCCAACGAUGUUCGAGCUUGCAUCCAGCUACCCGACCUCAGACCUACUAGAUGAGUGGGUUCAGACUGAUUUUCAGCGGCAUCACCACCCAACAUUACUACGGUUACUUUUUGCAUAUCAGUAGACGUUAACAUUCAAAUAGUAUGGCAUCAUCUUGCGUUGACCGGGCAAAAGCCCCCACUUAUAAUUCUCUUCACAUUUCAGGACUCUACGACAACAAGGGAUACCCACUUACAAUCACAAGCAUGAAUUUGAACUUUCGAAUAAGAAACACACUGAUAUUUUCCUCUAUGGCGUUCGUGGGUUCUCUCUUCGUCCUCAGUGGAUAUGUAAGUCUGGUAUUGUCGACACACUGUGCUUUAUUUCAUCAGUCGAGAUACUGUGUGACAUAGGAGUGGCAGCUUAAAUUUCGUGAUAUUAAUACAAUAGGGGUCAAGUUGGAGUCUUCUGAUUAUUUUCAGACCACGUUCUAGUUUUUAUGUGUACUGAGUCCAUGACGUUUGCGGAGAGCAGGCAUAAUAUACUCAGAUUUCCGACCGUUCUCUUUAACGCUUAUAGGAAAUGAGAGCUAACUGUUGCCAGCAACUCGGCUGGCUUUCUAAGAAAUAGGAGUAAACGCAGUCCAAUGCAUUCAUACAAAGCGACGAAUACUCACUCAAUUGUCCUGCAGCCCUUCAUGCCUUUGCUAAACAAGGUUGCACUUUUAUUGCUUUAAGUCAUAGUGGGAUAUAAAACUUCGCGAAUAUAGGGUAUCCCCUCAGUGCCACCUCUUCUUAUAACAGUGAUUUCUUGUGAAUUUCAACCGGAAAAGAAACCCGCGAGUCGGCUCCGUAGGAAGUCAGACAAUGAAUAAAUAGGCUGCAGCCACUGCUUUGAUUUUUUGAAUUUUAUCUUCAAAUUGCACUUACUGAAAUAAAUAUACAUUGACUUUUCGCAACUUUCUUGGGUAUCCGAAAUUUCCAUCUACAGUUCGACUCUUGACUUUGAGCUUUUAAUUUGUCUUUCAGCUGCUUAUGCUCGUACGUGUUGCAAUGAACUCUUCCAAGCUCAGAGAAGCACGUUAUUACGAUCCAUCCGAGACGGGAGAUGAAGCUAUUCGACUUCAUCAAUGA